AUGGCCACCCUCUACAGGACACUGACCGGCCAGUCGCAGCACUCGCAGCACUCGGAGAACUCACAUGUCUCCAAGCCCGGUGCCAACCUGAGCAAGACCACGACCACCGAUCCCUACUCCGGCGUCCUCAACCACCUCACCGAGGCUCAGUUGGAGAAGCUCGUCGAGUUCAAAGAGAAACUAGAAGCAGAUGGCUGGUGGACGGCGGCUGGCAUAAAUGGGAAGCCGAGUCAUGAUGACGGUACACUACUACGUUAUCUCCGAGCCCGGAAGUUCGACGUCAAUGGCGCAUACGGUCAAUUCACCGAUACCGAAAAGUGGUUGAAGGAGCAGCGCGUAGAUGAGCUAUACGAGAACUUCGAUGUUGAGCACUAUGAACAGGCCAGGCGCAUGUAUCCCCAAUGGACCGGCCACCGCGACAAGCGAGGCAUUCCCAUUUACCUCUUUGUCAUAAAGCAUCUCGACAGCAAGGCCGUCAGCAAGUACCAGAAAGCCUCCCAGGCCUACAAGAACAGUCUACCGAACCACAAGAAACUAGAUACGCCGGCCAAACUCCUACCGCUGUUUGCUCUGUACCACAAUCUACUCAACUUUGUCCUACCAUUUGUCUCCAGCUUGGAACGUCCCAAUCCUGAAAUCCCCGUCACGAACUCUACGAACAUUGUCGACAUUACUGGCGUUGGUCUGACUCAAUUUUGGAAUCUCAAGAAUCAUAUGCAAGAUGCUAGCGUUUUGGCUACGGCGCAUUACCCCGAAACCCUGGACCGCAUUUUUAUCAUUGGCGCGCCUGCUUUCUUCCCAACCGUCUGGAGCUGGAUCAAACGAUGGUUCGACCCCGUGACCGUUUCGAAGAUUUUCAUUCUGGGGAAACACGAAGUCAAGCCGACGCUUGAAAGGUUCAUGGACCCCAAAGACAUCCCAAAGCAGUACGGCGGGCAGUUGGAUUUCCAGUGGGGCGACCUCCCACAUCUUGAUGACGAAGCCAAAGCCGCGGUCGAGACGGACGGUAAGCAAGGCUGGAUUGCUGGCCCUUGUCUGUGGCUCGACCACAAGCGCAUUGUGGUUGGCUCGGAAAAUGGCAAGCCAAGGCGCUCCGUGGAAGACAUCGAGAAGAUGAAGCCUAUUGUCUACGCUGCAGACUACACCGAGGUGCCCGUACACCCAGAACGGAGAGCAUCCUCGGUGACAAGCCAGACCAUCAGGGACAAGCUCGCUCAAGGUACCGCGACCGCAAAACUUGAGAAGAUCCAGUCGGAAAACAUUGCGCCACAGACAGCUCAGGUGGUAGCGUCAGAUGCUGUGCCAGCAGAGACCAACAUUAUUGAGACUGCCAAACCGGAAGAACAAGCACCAGUGCCGGCCCCGGCAGUGACGAUCCCAAGCCACAUCCCUCCGGAAAACGUCCGCACCGCUCCAGGAGGGUCGCACGUAAACCUCGCACCACCUUCCGAACAGGCUGCCUUCCCCCAGCAGACCGCCGAGUACAUCUCGUCCGACAGUCCCAGCCCCAAGCCUGCCGAAAAGCCAGCUACUACUGCGCCAGCGCCCGCAACGACCGGUGCAGUAGCCGGCGCAGCAGCCGGCGUCGCCGCCGUGGCGACCGCGGAACCCAUCGAGGCCGCAGCUCCAGCUCUCACCAAUGGCGUCAAGCACACUUCCGAGCCGCCACAGCAGCAAUCGCAAUCGCAAUCGCAAUCGCAAUCGCAACCCCAGCCCUCAUCAGAACCGGCCUUCAACCACGCCGCCGCCAUCCCCCAACCGGGUCCCGCCCCGGCCCACCAAGUGCAAAUCACCAACGCCGUCGCGCAGAAGCUCGCGGCCGGAGGCGACUCGGUCUCCAGCGUGCCCGCGCAGCCCAACGGCAGCCUGGCACACCCGGAAAUACUGGUCAGCAGCGACAAGUCCAAGGGGCUGGCGGUUGAGAAGGAGAAGAUUGAGGAACUGCCGGCUCCCCAGAGGCCGCAGAUGGAUCGGUUUGUUACUGCGGCGGAGUUUUGA